AUGGGGGACUUUGAAAGUCAGUUCGCGCUGCCUCUCCCAAGCAAGCUAGCGAUAGUAACGGGGUCAUCACGUGGUAUUGGUGCCGGCAUUGCAUGGGAGCUUGCCCGCCGUGGUGCGAAUGUGUGUAUCACCUACGUCUCAGACAAUAGUAAAUUACUUGUCGAGGAGCUUAGGGCUAAGAUCAGCCAACUCCCUCACAAGCCGAUCACAUGGGCUUGUCAGGCUGACCUGUCAACGAUCAUGGGCGCCCAGGAGGUCAUUUCGCAGCUCAAGGCUUACUUUGGCAGCGAUGACCUUCAAAUCCACAUUUUGGUGAAUAAUGCCGCCACCGAGACGGUAAAAAAUAUGCAGAGCGUAAUGCUUGAGGAUUACAAUAAUGUUUUCAACCUCAACGUGCGUGGUUCUAUGCUCAUGACGCAAGCUGUGGUUCCGUACCUAGCUCCCAAGGGCCGUAUUAUCAACUUAAGCUCCGUGGGAGCGCGUGCCGGCUUCAAAGACGUCAGCCUUUACAGCGCGUCCAAGGCCGCUGUCGAAAGUUUCACGCGUAGCUGGGCUAGCGAGCUGGGUGGGAAUGGCACGACAGUCAAUGCUGUGGCGCCAGGACCUGUACCUAGCGAUAUGCUGGACAACAUUCCUAAGGAAAUUGUCGACAUGCAGAAGAUGACAACGCCUCUCGAGCAGCGACUUGGCACAACGGAGGAGAUUGCGAGCAUUGUGGGGUGGUUGGCAGGACCCGAUGCCUCAUGGGUAUCGGGCCAGGUUAUUUGUGCAAGUGGUGGCUGGUCAAUGUAUUAG